AAUCAGGGGCGCUUUCGUCAGAGGGAUGCUGCGUCGUCACCAGGCCUGGCAGGGUAAGAAAUCAGAGCCAGCCACAGCAAGUGACGUACAGGAAUGCAUUUUGGGGCGGUGGCUAUUUUUGGUGGAGUCGUCCAGCUGAACCGUUGGUUGCGUCUUGGCGUGGUAGCGGACCUGCGUGCUACACGUACGUACUGACUGUGCGGCGCUGAUGCACAGGCGAGAGGCGGAUCCAUAAGGACAGGGUGCUCGCGCGCGUGUGUGAGAGAGUUACUGAGUGUCAUCGGGACUGAUAAUCCGGACCUAGACUAGCUCUACAACUACCCUUGUGCCGUGUGCUUUCCCCUGCUGGCUUGGAGUAGAAAGAGGAACGGAGCUAUUAAAAUUCAGGAGCCGACGAAAAUUAAGUGUGACCGUCGACAGCUGGGAGCAGCCCGCUGACAACCCCACACCUACCAUCACGUUCUAGUCUCCGUUCUUUAUAUCAAUACAGACGACCUCCUCACAAUGGGAUCAUCCCUGGAGCAGGCGGCUCUCCUGUUAAUUCUUCUGCCGUUGUUAACAGGUCACACCCAUGCACAAACUACGGCGGCGUCGAGCCCUCUGCCCGACCUGGCCAGCCCCUCACAGCCGGUGGACACAUCGCCACAGGACGCAGAGGACACAACACAGCUCCAAGCAACCACCGAGUUCUACUCAUCUGAGGCCUCGGCCACCGAAACACAGCCGGGGGCACCCUCGGCUAGCGGAACAGCCACAGACCCAGGGAUUCAAGCUGUGACGACCGCCUCAGAAGCUGUCGCGGCUGACAAUGUUACCGUUCUCGCAGCAGGUGCAACAACAACUGUGUUGGCAGCAACAACGGAAGCAGGGUCCACCGUUGCAAGAACAGCUACAGAGCAACAGGUGGCAGAUAAUGAUACCACUGCUGCACCUGUCGCGGUGGGAGUAUCUACCGUGACAUCAGGGCCUAGUGUAGUAGAUACCAGCACCGUACAAAUGAUGGCAACGACUGAAGAGGUGUUGGAAACAGGGUUUGAGGACCUUGUUCCCGGAACCGACGAGCAGCCAGAUUCUUCAGGUGUGACCAAAAUGCCGGAGACUACUACAACUCCUCCACCAGUCGUGGUGAUGGGGAACACCACAGUCGCCUCAACUGCUGUGCCUGGAAACGUGACAGAAAAUGCCACACGAGCUGCCUUUCUACCCUUUAUACCCCGUACAACAUCCCGCCCUGUUGUGUCUACACGAGCGAGCACAGAGGAGCCAGCGGUGUCUACAACACUCAGGCUCACCACACAGAGCGUGCCGCGCACGACAACGGAGGACCUGUCCAGGGCCGUUCCGGUGGCACCACCUCAGACGACCACAGGCCCACCCACUACUACAGAUCAUAGACCAAUGAUAACAACAACAAGAACAACUUCAGUAGCAGCAACAACAACAGUAGCAGCAUCAACAACAACAACAACAACUAUAACAACACCAACAACACAAACAUCAACACCAAUGCCAACAACAGUGUCAACUCCUCGCGUUGUUCGAGGACCGACAUUUCCACCCCAGUUGAUCCCAAGUAAGAACCAGGCAGACCUGAGCAAUGAGGAGUCAGACAACAUCGUGACUGUGUUCUUCAACGGCACCAGGUCUAAACUUACUAGGAACUCAUGGAUCCUCCAGUAUGAUGAGACAUUCAGAGAGGACCUGUCAGAGAUCAUCAAUGACAUCAGUGCCGGGCUGAACGUCCAACCCACCGACGUGAUCUACGUGGAACCGACCCCCAAACUCCGGCGGGAAGGGCUGCUGGAGGUCUCCAUAUUUGUGUAUAACAGGACCAGCAGGACAGAUAACAAGCUAGAGAAGAGGGAUGCCGACCAGUCCACGGUGUCUAAAGAUGUCGUAGAGGCUGCCCUGAAUCAGAUGAAGGACCAGUAUGAGCAGCAGGAUAGGGAUGUUGAGAUAGUAGAAGUCUCCCCAGGCCUUACCGCACCCCAGCCAGCGUUACCCACCAGACAGACCUCCAUCUUCGGCGAGUACUUCUCCCUGUUCAUCGCCCUUAUAGUGAUCGCGUGCGUCUGCGUGGUCAUCAUCCUGCUGGGCGUGCUGUACCUCUGCGUCCGGAAGAAGAAGGGGAAACUCCGAGACCACGAGAAGGUGAUUGUGGACGACGGGCUUCGUCUGGACAGCUACCAGGCGCUCGACAACCCCGGCGCGACCUUCACGGACGACGAGAUCCUGACGGGGCAGAACGGGAAACCGAAGGCCGAGGAAGCGUGGACUGUCAAACCGUCGGCGCCACCGCCGCCGAACGGGAGAAUCGCGGAAAACACAGAGGAAGAAGACACGCAUUUGUGACCAACUUUCUCUGCUUAGUUUGGUAAAGUGAAACAUACAUCAGUGUAAGACCUAGGAAAACAAAUGUUGUGUUUCCUGUUUCAGUCCUGAAAAAAUUAGGGUCGCUAGGUAGGGAUUAUCUUUUUUUCUUCCUUCUUUUAGACUUAGUGAUAUCUAUAUUGGGGUCCAGAUCAUGGAGCUAGAAAAGGUUGAUCAGCUUGAAAAAUUAUGCCCCUUGCAGGGGUCCACCCUAAAAAAGAGGCUAGCGUUGGCAGGUUUUUCUAGGGUCGGUCGGGAAACAGGAAACACAACUUUUUUUUUCCUAGGCCCAAAGAGAAACAUACAGCACCCAUCUUGCCUAUUACCAGUGAAUGAUAUUGUCAUCUGAUCUUUUCACA